CGCCCCGGCGGCGGAGUCAUUUUGGAGCUGACGUCGGCGAAAUGAAAUCGGCUCGCUGCCUUUUCCCUCACAGAAUGGAAGUAGUCGUGGAGGUGAUACGGACUAAACUCGCUUGACUUGCCAGGAUAUUGAACCCGUUGCCCCCUUUUUCUCUGAGUAGACAGCCUUUACAACGAAGCCCACCUCUGUGGCUGCUCAUCUUAUAGUGCCCCCGUAUGGACGAUGAGGAGGAUGAUGUGUUUGAGCCAGACCCCCACUGCUGGCGCACCACAUUCAGGGAGAUAAAGUGUGAAGAGCGGGGCACACAGACACUUGGCCCUGCACUGGCACGAAACAACGGCAUGCUGCCCUGUGGAGUCGCAGAAGAGCCCAGACCACUCUUCUACGGCAACGCAGGUUUUCGAUUGCACUUCCCGGCACACUUUGAGCUUGUUGGGGAUCAGGAAGCGAGGAUACAAGAAAGUGAAGGGGAGCAAAACGGGAUGGAGCAGCUUCCCCGGCAGCAACCUGUGGCCCGCAGUGUGGAGGCCUGCAUUGGCCAGAAACUCCAGCUGAUAGGAGACCAGUUUCACCGGGAGCACCUACAACUGUAUCAUCGAAACCAAAGGAACCAGGGGCGGAUGUGGUGGCGCCUGGCCGCAGCUCUGCUCAGCCUUCUGUUUGACAGGGGGUUCAUUCCUGGAGGAGGUGGAGCAGGACGGAGGUGAGGGGGUCUCCUCAUCUCUCAGAGGAACUGGACUCCUAAUGGCACUGUCAAAUCUAACACGGGUCUGUUUUUGGGAGGGGGAAGAAAGGAGACAAAGGGUCACCGCGGGACGGAGACAACCAACUUUUAUACAAGGUCGUGUGUUUUUUUCUUUCCAAGAAGAUGCCAUGAUGCUCCGAGAUUUCCUCUACAGGACAAUGUUCAUAUUUUGGUAUACGUGUGGUGUAGUGGUUUUGUACAGUUCAUUGUUCUUGUUAAAUGUUUUGCACUUCGACAUGUAUCCAUCUUUAAUGACCUCCACAGACCCUGGGAAUGCCUUAUUCAAUGUCUUCUGCCAGAGUAUUGAGCAAUUUGGAGAUGAGGCAAGAUGAGAUGGUUUGAGGUUUGAUUUUCUGACGUUUCCCAGGUGCCCAGACAAGUUGAUUUUACUAAUUUCCAAAGAGGCAACUUCUCAGAACAAAGCAUUUUGCACCUCACCUAAAUGGAACAUUUAUCUUUUCUUAUUUUCUUUAUUUUGCGUUCUGUUUUGGUUUUCUUACAGCAUUUUCUUUGUUUUUUUCUUUUUAAGUUUUCAACGUGAUCGCUCAGUAUCAUUCAAAAAUAUUGGGAACAAAGUUUCUGCUCAGUAGUCUGCACACCUUGUAAUCUAAAUAUCUUUUCUUAAUAUGCACAGAUGUUUUAAGGUAAGCCUGUCUUCUGUCACAUGCUACAUGUCAGAACACUUCGAUGACUCGGGGAAGUAUUGGGUGGACUCUGCAGUAGUGAACAUCAGUGACCGGCCAAACAAGCCCGGUGACUGCCAGCAAACUUUUGUACAACGGCAUUCGACAGCUAAUAUAGACACUAGUCAUUUGGAUUAUUGACACUGGAAUCAAACGUCAUAAGAGCAGUUAGCUGUAAUUAUUUACUAUGUUAAUAGUUGUCGUCUGGGAUGUAGCAUACUAAAGGACGGCUGGGAAAGAAACUUUAAAGGAUCCAUGAAAAGAUGUUUAGUUUUAUGUGUGCUGACUUUUGGAGGUAUAGCACCUGUGCACUAAACUAUAACAUUAGAGUAAAGCACAUUGUUUGUAAUACUGAGCAAAACCUAAAGUGUAACGAAACAAUUCGGCCCAGUCUACCGUAAUUAUUUUACAUUUUAAUUUCAGUGACGACACCAAAUACUCUUUCCUCAGUUGUUCCCAAAUUCUCCCUUUUCAAGUUCUCGCUGUGUUUUCUGUGUUUUCUCUUCAUGUGACCUCCAUGCCCUUGAAGUGGAGCUGUGGAUCCACUGUUUUUGCACUAGACGACGUACACCCUUCAUGAGUUCAGAUCGUUACCAUGCUAACCUCUGUCUCGUAUGAAGGUUUUCAGUUAUGAAUUGUUUUUUCUUGCCACAACAUGUCAGAUGUAUUCACUCUUAUGUCCAAGACAAAUAAUCAAUGUUGAGACCUAACUGAACACAGUCUGGGAUCUGGAUUAGUUUCUGGAUAUUUCACGUAACAGAGUUUCAGGCUACAGUAGAGUUACAUUAGAGCCGCACGCCUCCAUCCAAAGGGUUCUCUCCUGGUUUGUUUUUCACAGCCCGUGUGUGUUCUGAACACCAAACAAUACUGCACAAUCAAUCUGUGAUACAGAUUGUCUCAGGCUACUUUUAUGGGAUAUAACAUCAUUGUAUAUUCUGUUGGGUGCUCUUGUAUUUUAUUUGGUUCUCAGAUCCAUUUUCAGUACAUAUAACCACUCAGCAGACACAAACACAAAAGUGAAAAAGACUGUAAUUAUUGUUGAAAUAUGAAUAUGUUUAAAGACACUGUUGAAGAUGCUGUUUGUUAUAUUUUCCAUUGCUGAACCCAGGCCAACGUUUGGACCCAAGGAGUAGUACAUAUCAGGGGUCUGUUAUUACUUGCUCCUUACAAUGUGUCAAGUGUAUCACUGCAUCAUUAGGGUCUCCUCUCAUUCUCUUAAAGAUGUCUCAGGGACAGACUUUGUGAGCUACUGGUAACCUUGAGAAUCUGUUACAUGGUUAGAAGAAGAGCAGUGUUUUCUCCCAUUUAUGAUAAAACCCCUCAAAGUAUUUUCAUUUCAGUUUAAAAAAAAAAAAUCCUCUCGCCCAAUUUCUCAGCACACACACACACAUAAAGGUACAGUUUGACUGAGGAGUCGUGAGGCAGACUUGCUGACUGCGGUGGUGAUGGGGGCUACUGAGCAUGUAGUAGUAGGCGUGUGAGGUGCACUGAAUGUGGUUGUGGUUAUAGUUUCCUGCGAAUCCUGAACGCUGAGCCAGCCCCUGUAGCGCCCCGUCUCACCUUUGGCUCUUGACUUCUUCUUUGUGCUGCUCCUUUUAUUACAUGGCUUUUCAUCGGUUCAUUUUUUUCUUUGUAAUUUAUUUUUUUGUCCCUUCUUAUUUAUUUUUACUAUAUUUGCCCAUUUCUACUGUAUACGCCUGUGUGUGCAAAUAAUUCAUUUUUUUCCAACUUGUUUUUGUUUUGCUCUUGGACUUGUAAAUGCUUCAGUUUGUUAACUGCAGAGCAGGUUGGUCUGCUUUGAACCUGUUUCAUGUGAUACUCAACCCAAAAUUGUUAUUGUUUUAGUAUAGCUCAUCUCCUGUUGGCUCUUAGGGUGUAGUUUGGCCCUUUAUGAAGAACAAUAGCAAUGGUCAGUUAGAGCUCAUGUUGCUCACAAUGGAUCACACGUUACACAUAGCCAUUGUUUCGCCAAAAUGCACCUCUUCUGUCAGAUCUUCACAUCUUUGAGGAGGAAUAUAUUGUGUAGAAGAAGUAAUGUAUUCAUCCAUACAUCCGAAAUGCAACUGUUACCAUUGGAAUACAUUGUAACCAACAUGAGCUCACCAUGACCACAGCUGCUGCUCUUCAUGAAGAAGAAAGCUUCACCUUUCAAGCCUACAGGACGGCUAAUACAACAACAAACAAAAAAAUAGAUCUUGGGUGGAGUAUUUCACUUAAAAGGUUGUGAUUUUCCAGGGAAGGGCCAAACCAAUUCAAACCUGUUUCAGCAUCUUCCACUGUCCCGUUCGUCUUUAUGGGUAGAUUCACCAAAUGUGGUUUUAGAAAAGCAGCAGCUUCGAUGCAGUUGAACCUUUCAACAGGAUAUGACCUUUACUUUGUAAUUAUUGAGUCAUUACCCAUCCCUCCCAAUGCUAAUGAUACACACGACAUAAGACAUGCUUCAAACACACACAGAAAACGGUUGCCUUCAUAUUAAGUCACAGGGCGUUUAUGUGUUCGACUCUUAAACCUUUAUCAUUGUGUUGUAAUCAACAUGCACUGGAAAGUACUUUGUUUCUGUAGAUCCCAUGGGUCCCUUAUCUGUUGUGUGUUAAUGUAUAGUAUAUACUCUGGAUUGUUCUAUUGGGCUAAUCUUGCCGAGUGUCAGACGUAUAUAUCUGUGCAUUGACCAAGUAGGCUCUGAUUGAAGGCCUGAUUUAUUGGAAAGGGAAACGAGCCACCGUGGUGCCCUGUAUCAUUUUGUUAGAUGAGGUUCCCAAGCUGCACUCAUCACAGUAUAUGUGAGUGUGGAGAAUCCCUAGAGUGGGACAUGUAUUUUAUGGAAACCGUCAGUGUCUUGAAUUUUGUAGUCCACUUUAUAUAAAUUUGAAGUUUUUCGAGGAAGGUUUUGAUUUUUACAUUUCUUUUUUUACGAUAACAUUUCUUCUUCGUGGUCUUUCUUAACUUUUUAAAAUGUAUUUUCUUAAGAAAAAGGGUCUUUUAUAAGGACAGUUCAUUGCUUGUAAAAUAAUUUUUAAUACGGGGAUGUGGUAGGAUCCUUUUUUGAAGGCCAUGAGAUCGAGGGCAUUUUUUUAUAUAAAAAUGAAAUUGCAACAUUCCUUGCACAUCUCAUCGUGGUGCAUAAACAAAACCAAGCACACCAAAAUAAUUCAUGGUUGUGGUUAACUUGGCUCAUGAGCUUAUACCUACGGAAUAUUUGCCCUUCUUUAAAGAACAGAUAAAGUGUACAUGUUUUUCUAAAAACCCUGGAAUAUGCCUUUAACUGCUCAGUUUCAACGAAGUCUUGAUUAUCACACAUUCUCUGUAUACCAAGAAUUGAGACCCAGCGAAAAUGUAGCAUUUUUGUAAACAUUGACUGUGUGUUUUCGAGACUCUACUGUGCACUCAUUUUUGUGUUUAUAUAUAUUUUUUGGUUGUUGAUAUAAUAUGGAAGUAAAGACAAUUUGUUAUGUAGUGCAAUAUGCUGUACAUAUGGAGCUUUGCUCUACAAAUCUUUUUCUGGUUUUUGUUUAUUGGUACUUCUUUUUCAAUAAAAUUUUAUUGAAGGUG